AUGAUCCUACCAAGGUCACCGUUCGUCAAGCUGAUGCUUGCAGUCUUUGUCGUCCUUGCCAUCACAGCUUACACUCUCAGUGGCCGGCCAUCGUUCGACAAGGACUACUGGAGCUUUAGACAGCAACAGGAAGCAGAGAAGGAUUACAAGUCGAGACAACAGCACCAGCAGGAGCAGUAUCAGCAAGAACAGGAACACCCUCGUUUCCCUGCUGAAGGGAGCAAAGAGCGGGUGCCUUUGAGCACAUUCAAGGUCCCUGAGUCGCUUCACCUCACCCACGAUGUCGCCAUCCCUCACAGCAUCCCACCCUGGACAAAAGCCGACACGGACAUGCUCGACACCAGCAUUGGAUACACCCUCAAGACCGAUAUGCUUCGUCAGGAAUACCGCAAAAACGAGGAUCUCUCCAAGCACCCCGAGCGACUCAACUUUGCUGAACUCUCUCGCGCUGAGCGGGUCUACAAGGCUCUCUGGAACCAUGUCUACCCCAUCUACCAAUCCCUCAAGGGCAGCGAUAAGGAUCGCGAGAGCCAAUUGAUCGCAUUGUCAAAGACAAGACCCGAGGUCGAUUUCUUCUUGGGUCUCGAGAGGCGCCUCUACCCUUGGUUGCAUUAUGGUCGUCGCACUUCGUUCUCGCUUCAUGGAACCUACAAAGGCAGAGGAUUGGUCUUUUGUGCGGGCAACAACCAGUUCGAGUUUGUGGUGACGGCUAUUCAGGCGAUCAGGAACCGACUCCAGUCCAAGCUGCCCAUUCAAAUCUUCCAUAUGGGCGAGGAAGACCUCUCCAAGCCUCGCCAGCAGUACUUGAAGGACAUGGCUGCAGGAAUCGAGGUCAUUAAUGUGGCCGACAUCUUGGACAAUGACUCCAUGAAGCUUGGUGGAUGGGCCAUCAAACCCUUUGCCAUGCUUGCCUCCAACUUUGAGGAAGUCAUGUUUGUCGAUGCUGAUGCCUACUUCUUACAGGAUCCUGAGGUGUUGUAUGAUGAUCCAGGAUAUAUGGCAACUGGCGCAUUGUUCUUUUUCGACAGGACCUUGUUCCCUGACUGGACAAAAGGAUCGGACUGGCUCAAGUCGAUUCUCCCCAUCAUGUCGAGCUUCCCGCCUAAGUCUCGCAUGUUCAACUUGUUAACCGCACACGAACAAGAGUCAGGCGUCGUCCUUAUCAACAAAAAGACGCGGUUCCUCGGCCUGUUGGGAACCUGCAAGAUGAACGGCAAGUGGGAGCGUGACUUGGUCACUUACAAGGUCUUCCAUGGCGACAAGGAGACAUUCUGGACAGGAUUUGAGAUGGUCCAGGAGCCCUACGCGUUCAUGCGCAACUAUGGUGGUGUGAUUGGAGAGCUGCGACCGGAUAAUGACAAGGCCGUCUGUGGAGCACAGCUGCACGAGGACCAUAAAGGAAACCCGCUCUGGUGGAACGGUGGGCUGUACCGCAACAAGAACGCGGGCGUGAACCGGUACCUGACGUUUGAUUACUGGAUGACGGGAGGCGGACAUCAAAAGCACCGGGAGAGAUAUACACGCGACAGGGAGACGAUGAUCCAGGUGUUGUUGGAAGCGGGGGUCGAGAACAGCGAUGCGUUGCAGUUAGAGCCAAUGGAUGCGGCAUGGGAUUUUGGAGAGAGUUGUUUGAGUGGUGCGAAGGUGAAUGUCUUGACGCAGCGGGAGAAGGUACUGGCGAAUGGGUAUGUGAAGAUUGACGAGAUUGCGCGUGAGGACGGACAAACGUUCCAUAACGGCGGCACUGUCGAUCCUCGCACCCAUGACUGGGACGCUGCCACCGCGUAG